AUGGGCAUCUGCAAAAAGUAUUCCUCGCUGAGCCUGCUGGCUAUGGCCUUGAUAUUUGUUGCCCCUGACCAGAGUGAGGCGGCAACCACAAAAAGUCCGUGUCCGGCCAACAUGUUUUAUCACUGUAAACGUACUUGCUUCAAUAACUGCGAUAAUCUGAACAGCAUGAGUGAUGCCGGCUGCACUAGGGUGUGCAGGUUGGGAUGUGACUGCAAAGAAGGCUACGUCUUUAAAUCCAAAAACUCCAACACUUGUGUCCCUGUUUCUGCCUGUAACGUCUCCUGCCCCGAGCACUCAGCCUUUAUACCCUGCUAUAGGUAUGGGCGCAAGUCUUGUUCUUCCUCAAACAUGGAACAUAUGCCUUCACAAACCUGCUCGCCCCGCUGUGUUUGCAAUAAAGGCUACAUUCUCACAGAUGACCUGUUUCCACGUUGUAUCAAAACCAGUACUUGCCCUAAAAAUCCUGUCAUUAACUGA